CAAGAAUUAGAAGGAAAAAAAAACAAUUUGCAAGAGGCCAGUUCCAUGGAGCCGUGGCUGCCGGUGCUCCGCCACCUGCUCGCCACCUCCGCCCCCAGCGCCGCCGCCUUCUCGUCGUCGAACAGCAGCCCCUGCUCUCUUCCUCCGGCCGCGGGCCUCCUACGGCUCCUCCUCUCCCCGGUGCCCACGCUCCCCGCCUCAGAGCCCACGCCUGUCCUCUUCCAGACCCUCCCGCCCUUGCUUCAGUCCCAGGCGCUCUCCUUCCUGUCCUCCUCCGCCUCCCUCCUCGACCCGCUCCAGCUCCGCUCACUCGCCUCCCGGGUCCUUUCUGCCCCGCCCGGCCGGUGUGAUGAAUUCUGGGUCCGCCGGGGCGCCCACCACCUGCUCGACGGAUUGCCUGACAAAGACGUUCCUCAUGUCCCCUGGGAGUUUAACGACGAGUUCCACGAGCCGCCGCCGUGGCUUAAAGGAGAGGCGGCACGGACACAGCCUGCCCUUCCGUGGCUGCCUCUCGAUUGCCGGAGCAUGAUGCCGGGUGGGGUCCAUGCCAGUGAGGAUGGUUUGUCCGAAGUUCGGUUGGAGUCUCUGGGGUUGGAGCAAGACGGGUGUCCGUUAAUGCAGGAAGUUGGGUGUGCACCAUCUCCUCCGGCUUCUCCACUAGAGAAUUCAGUCGUUCAUAGGGCUCUAGCUCUGAAGAAGGAGAUUGGGAUGGCAGAGUCGGUUCUGGGAGCUCAGCAGGCGGCGAACAACUUGCAUGAUCUUUGCCUUGAAUCCGGGAAUGCUGAGGCGGUACUUAGCUUAGUACAGCCAUGGGAAGCUGAUGAUGACAUUGUGAGGGUUCUGCUUUCAAAUUUGGUACUCGAGGAAGAUGGGAUGCAUGGCAAAGGCCCGGCACUUGUGCUGUGUUCUCUUGCCCUACCGAAGUUACUUGACCUUCAAAGAGCAGCUUCAUCUGGUCUUCUUUCUGCUGCACUGGAUAUCUGUAAAAGCUACCCAGCUGCUGCACUGGAGGCUGUCCUCUUCCCACUAGUUCUUAGAAAACAAGGCCUGAAUGCUCCUCAGUGCGAUGUGCUCACACGGAUUGUCAAGGAUUGUAUGCAUCCUUUGCAUGUCACCGCCUUCUGUCAUAGGUUGCUUUCAGGGGAGGAGGGAGAACGGAAACCGGUCUGUAUGCCUCAGCAUCGGGAAAAUAUUGGCCGCGAUUUGGUCUGGACAGAAUCUCUCUUUGCACUAUUCUACAACAUUCUCAGUCAAGACAUUUGCCUAACACCAAGCACCAUCGAGAAGCUAGUGUCCAUGAUUCAUGAUAUGGCAAUAAAGUUUCCAAAGUCGCUUAAAUUUGGCAACUUAUUUCUGUGCUUCGUCUCCAAGUGUUGGCAUGAAUGUAAGAUUCACAGGGUUUUACUUGAGAGAGCUGCUGAGACAACCAACACUUUCUUGACUAAAGCUAUAUUGGUCAAACUGCGGCCUGUUAAUUGAAGUGAUGUCUUGAUUGUUUAAAGAUAAGUUCCUGGUGGGCUACUUGCCAUUCAGAUUAACCAAGUAUGUAAUUGCGUGGGAGGAAUGUUUUGUUUGAUUUUCAAUGGACAGCUUUUGUAGUUCGAGAAA